AUGGAAACGAAGAACAUGAUAUACAUAGUCUCAGAGUACGCGAGCAAGGGAGAAAUCUUCGAUUACAUCGCGAGGUAUGGCCGAAUGGCGGAGCAAGCGGCGAGAAGAAAGUUUUGGCAAAUUCUGUCGGCGGUGGAAUAUUGUCACGAGAGGCGGAUUGUACAUAGAGACCUCAAAGCGGAGAAUUUGCUUUUGGAUGCAAACAUGAACAUAAAGAUAGCAGAUUUUGGGUUCAGUAACUACUAUGCUCAGGGAGAACUACUUGCUACCUGGUGCGGUUCCCCGCCCUAUGCCGCCCCAGAAGUCUUUGAAGGCAAGCGGUAUACGGGACCGGAAAUAGAUAUAUGGAGCCUCGGUGUAGUGCUAUACGUGUUAGUUUGCGGGGCACUGCCUUUCGACGGCUCUACUCUACAAUCGUUGAGAGAUAGGGUGCUCUCGGGAAGAUUUAGGAUACCCUACUUCAUGAGUGAAGAAUGCGAGUCACUCAUCCGUAAGAUGCUAGUCCUGGAACCAAUGAAGCGAUACACUAUUGAGCAGAUAAAGAAACAUAGAUGGAUGUCGACGGAGCCUUAUGUCGUUCCAACCAUAUCUGGAGAUCCAAUGAGGAGUCCGGCACAUGUGGCUCAUAGCCAUGAACCCAACGAGCAGGUGCUAAGGCUUAUGCAAAGCUUGGGUAUCGAUCCUGUUAAAACUAAGGAGAGCCUUCGGUCGAACAGUUACGACCACCACGCGGCCAUCUACCUGCUACUCCUGGAGCGGCUGAGAGCCAGGGCCAGCCUCAGUGAGCGAAGGCCUACACGCAGACCCUCCUCAGUCGCGGACCAGGCGCUGGCGAGGGACCUUCAGGAUAGGCGGGAGCAUCAUAAUAGAUUACUACUCAGCGGCGAACAGAGGGACUUCAACAGACCAAACAUGCCUGCAACUUCUGACUCUACUUCAGAAACUCAGCGUCUUUUAUCCCUUGCCGGGGUCAACAUGACCGAGCAAAGACUGCUUCAGAGAAAUUCUGACCCCUCCGACACACACAGAAGUUUCCUAGUCAACGACCGAUCGCACGAAUCUGAUUCCACAAGACUUCUCUCUAUGAGAAAUGUCGACGUGGCACAAUCGAACCAGCGACUAGGAACCAAGCUCAACGAUACUCCCACGCAUAAACUUCUCACUUCAACAUAUGAGCAACAACAGAACAUUCUAAAACAGUCCAGCGAAGAUUGCCGACGGCUUUUGCAACAGUCGACGACAGUUGGCCCUGAUCCCAAGACAGCAGACGGAAGGCUAUUAACAUCGUCCAGCUUCGAUUCCAAAUGUGCUAUUGAUUGCGGAAGAACGUCUGCGGCUGAUAAUAGUGCAAUUGCAAAUUUUCUCCAAAACUCCGCUUCGGCAACUAAUUUCAACUUAGAUUCCAUGAAGAUGCCUAAUUCCACUACCUUCACAAUGUGCUCCGAAGCUGCGAAACUUAUGAACACAUUGCAGCAGUCCCCCUUACCCCUCAAGGGCACUGUCAAUUUAAGCACUAGCCCGAUUCCGUCUCAGUUUACUGAUACUAAACUGAGUAGUGUGUUAGAACAACCGAAACCCCUUGAAUCGAGUAGGCUUGUCGCCGCCCAAGAUAUGAAUAGGUUACAAACGAGCACACCGCCAUUUAAAGACUACAUAAAUCAUAUUCCCUCUUACUCAUACCUACAAAACACCUUGCCACAAAUGCCUGCCGAAAGUAACUUGUCAGCUGCCAGUGAACUUUACCAGAAUACUCUGUACAGACCUGAUAGUAAAUUCUCUUUAAAUAGAUAUACGACCGGACAAACGUAUACCCAGGCCCUGCCCGGAACAUCAACUGAUGCGACAAAAUUUCAGCAGCAAUAUUCCUCCUCCACAGACGAAGGUUGCGAAACAGAUAUGGAGGACGUGAACGCUUCAAGCGGGGUCCAAAACAGAUUAAGUUCCUACGCUAGUUCAAGCUCCAGCAGCGGUGUAGUAACUUUUUUUAACAAUAAGAGUCUAAGUCAAAAUUUGAGUUGUGAUUCAUCGCAGAGCAACUUCUCUGCGUUCGAAAGUAUCGACUAUCAACUCUCAGAUUGCUCGAGUGAACUUGCUAGCAGUUUACCAAGUUGUACGUCAAACGAGGACAGACUGUCGUACGAGAACAGCUCUCUCGUAAAUACGAGUCCAAUGCAUCCAUGUGUUUAUAUAUCGUCGUACAAUAAUAAAACGGCUGGCACCGGAUUUAUAGCGCGACAUAAUCCUCUUAACUACCAAUCCACUAAUAAAAGUUGUCCUCGAGCGAUUACUCGGAGUCCGGUCGAUUUUAGAGAAGGUCGACGAGCAAGUGAUGGGUUAGUGGCACAACAAGCCGCACAACCCGACGAUGCCCAAAAAAAUAGUUUGGCAUUCAACAGUCAAAAAUUGAAUGAGAAUUGCAAAGCGAAAGGUGUUCUAGAACUGCACUUGGUACAAAAAGAGGCUCAGAAACUGAAAACUCAGUACCAAUCGACGAUACCAGCCGAGGAAAUGACGCAGCGGCAAAUUCAACAUAAUCAAUUCGCCGCUUCGUUCACUACAUACUUAGAUACCAAAAAUCCAACACCAAAGCGAAUAAGUCUACCAGAAUCCUUCAAUUACUCGAGCACGUCACCACCGAUGCCGGCAAGUCCGAAAAUGGUCGCUCAAUUGCAAGAGAAUUCUGAGUUGUCACACGGCGUGUCUGUUUCUCAAGUCAGCAAGCCGCCUUUGCAACAACAGCUCAUGCAACACAGGCUUUUCCAGCAAAAACGUCAGUUGCUUCAAAAGCAAAUGACUCCACCAAAUGUUCCCGUUCACGAAAUGACCGCUCUACAUAAUAUACAAGUCGGUUUAAGCAGGCGGCAGAUGCUUCGCCAACAAAGCUAUAAAAUUGCCCAACAGCAACCGGUCUUACCACCCUUACCUUUGACUGAAUCUGAGAGCAGAGAUUUACUAGCAUUUCAGGCAAUAGUGGAAGACCCUAACAGAGUGAAGCACAAAGUUGAGGACGAAGAAGAAGCAAAAUUUUCAUACCAAGGUUCAAUGGAAAUAAAUAUAAUGAAGGAUAGAUUGGGUAACGAGAAUUGGUCCAAUUUGCCAUCUAGUCUUCAAACCGCCUGUCAGAUUUCCGAGCUGUCGAGGCGUGAGGUGAAAGACUCUCAAGAAGGAGAAAGUUCCUUGGACGCUCCACUGUGGCCAGGACAAUGGAAUGCCUCACUGUUUCCACCACAGACUUGCUUUCAGCCCAGCUGGCAAGGCCAUAGUCUACCGCCCAACACCAAUAUGUUACCGCUUAGUGAAAGUCCGAUUCUGGAACUUACUGAACAAAUGGAGUCAAUAUAA